UUGUAGUAACAUUAGCCACAAGAAAUUAAACACAGAUUACAGUGUCAAAGAAAAAGAAGAAGAAGAAGAAGAGAGUUACAGAGCAGAAGACAAAAAGAAUGGUUUCUUCAUUACUAAUGUCCUUUGCUCCGGCCACCGUGAGGUGCUUUGCCACGGGUGCGAAAGGAACCAGCAGCAACAGCACCGCCACGAAAGAAGAGAAAAGUAUCAUCGACUUUGUUCUUGGCAGUUUAACGAAGCAAGAUCAGUUUUACGAGACCAAUCCUCUCCUCAAAAAGGUGGACGAGAAAGAAGGAGGCACCGGAGGUAACGGUGGCCGGAAAACAGUUUCCGGCGGAAAGAACUCGGUGGCAGUGCCACAGAAGAAGAACGGUGGCGGCUUUGGUGGUCUCUUUGCCAAGAAAUGAGAAAAAACAAAACUAGUAAAUGUGUUAUCUAUGUACUAUGAAUUUCGAAAGUUUCAUUAUUGAUUUUUCGUACAUUGACAUAUAAAAAGCUUCAUGUUGUUGAAAUUUCAU